AUGGAUUUGUUUGAAAUUUUGUCAGGCCCUUCGGCCCCUGAUGCGAGCAGGGAUCCAGAGAUUGCUUCUUCUACUCCUAGUAAAAAGAGGGGUGCCGUUUGGGAGGCAUGGGAGGAUAUGGCUUUGGCCAAACAGGUUCUGGCCGAUGACCCUAUUCUCAACAAUGUUGGAAAAAGGGAGGAUAGGUGGCAGCGGGUUGCGGAUAAUCUGAUGCAAAUGGGAAUUACUCGCUCUUGGAUUUCCUGUAAGGACCGUAUGGAACGGUUAGUCAAAUGGCACAGGAGUGAAGAGAUUCGCUCUCGCCAAAAAGCAGGAGAGGUUGAGGAAGUCAACGAGCACCUUCGGAAUAUGAUUGACAUUGUUCUCUUGUAUGAUUCUGUUUCCAAUAAUAAUCUAAUAAGACAGGAUGCGAAGGGAAAAAUUGCGGAAAGAAAAGCAAAAGGUGCACAGGUACGCCAGUCUUCUCAGACAGGUUUGGUGAGGAAAAGAGACUUGAUGGAGACCAAUAGCGACAAGGAAAGCAGCUCAGAGCCCGCUCAAAAAGUAAUGCGGUCUUCAAAAAAUCAGUUUGCGAAGGAGGUAGAAGGGGUUAUAGGUGGUCUUUGUGAGAAGGCAGAGGAGUUUAGGAUUGCGAUACAGGAGAAAACACAAAGAGAACAGAUUGCAGCUGAAGAAACUACAGCAAGAGAACGUGAGAAGGCUGAUAGGGACCGGUGCUUGAGUGAGAAGUUGGAUGUUCUGAUUGAGAGCACACGCUCAACGAAUGAGAGUAUGGAGAAGCUUAUGAAUGUACUCAUUCAAGGUAUGGGUGGGUCGAGAGGUCAGUGA